AUGGCGGCGUGCAGAGGAGGAGGGGGCGGCAAGGACGUGGACCGGAUCAAGGGCCCCUGGAGCCCCGAGGAGGACGACGCGCUGCAGCGGCUCGUGGGCCGCCACGGCGCGCGCAACUGGUCCCUCAUCAGCAAGUCCAUCCCGGGCCGCUCCGGCAAGUCCUGCCGUCUCCGCUGGUGCAACCAGCUCUCGCCGCAGGUGGAGCACCGCCCCUUCACCCCCGACGAGGACGACAACGCCAUCAAGAACCACUGGAACUCCACGCUAAAGCGCAAGUACUCUUCUUCCUCCUCGGCAUCGGCAUCGCCUGCUGAAGACGGGGCCGCCAUGGCCGACGACGAGGACCGACGGCCGCUGAAGCGGACCAGCAGCGACGGAUACCCGGGGCUGUGCUUCAGCCCCGGGAGCCCGUCAGGGUCGGACCUCAGCGACUCCAGCCACCAGAGCCUCCCCUCCGUCAUGCCAUCCGCCGCCUCGCAGCAGCCGCACGUGUACCGCCCGGUGGCGCGUGCCGGCGGGGUGGUCGUGCUCCCAACGGCGACGCCUCAGCCGCCGCAGCCGUCGCCUCCGUCUCCGCCGCCGCCCCCUCCUCCUCCGGCGACGUCGCUCUCGCUCUCCCUCUCCCUGCCCGGCCUGGAUGCGCCCGAGCCAGCCCCGGUGGCGCAGCCUAUGUCCAUGCCGCCGCCACCUGCUCCUGUACAGCCCGCCGCAGCGCCUCAGAUGCCGCCGCCGCCGCCCAUGCCGUUCCAGCUCCAGCCGCCGCCGCAGCCCCAGCCACGGACGCCGGCGCCCUUCAACGGGGAGUUCCUGUCGAUGAUGCAGGAGAUGAUCCGGAUCGAGGUCCGGAACUACAUGUCCGGCUUCGACCCCCGGUCGCCCGCCGACGGCGUCCACGCCGCCAAGCGCAUGAUGAGCAUGGCCAAGAUCGAGUAG